AUGAUAGGCCGAACCUAUGUUGUUUCACUGCCAUGGUUAGAAGAUCACUCUGUUCUACCUGCGAACAAAGGUCUUGCUGAGAAAAGAUUGAAAAACACAGUUAAUGGAAUAAAAAAUAUUGGUAUUCUACGGGACUAUGAAAAUUUUUUGAAGAAAGAAGGUAUUGUUGAAGAGUUAAAUAGUGAAGAUCUCAAGGACUCUAAGUGUCACUAUCUUCCUCAUCGACCUGUCAUAAAAGACUAUUCAACAACAGGGAUCAGACCUGUCUUCGAUGGUUCUGCAAAAUCCAAAGGAAGUCCAUCCUUAAAUGACUGUCUAGUAACAGAUCCAAACCUUGCGGAACUUAUUCCAUCCCUAAUAAAUAGGUUUCGUAUUGGAAGGUAUGAUGACAAGGAUUAUGUGCGAUUUCUUUGGUGGCAAGAUGGAGAUUCAAAUAUUGUCAAAAUCUACAGACAUUGCCGUGUAGUGUUUGGGAUCAAAUCAGGUCCAUUUCUUUUGGGGGCAACAUUGAAUCCCCUAUUAGAUGGAGCUCCUGAUUGA